AUGGCAGAUCAGCCUUCGCCCUCCCUGCCUCCUCGGAAGACGGAGUUCUUCGUCGUUUGCGGAGCAACGAACCCCAUCGCUGACGUUUGGAUGUUUGCGGGUUUUUUCGCGAUUCUGCACGAGCUCAGAGACAAUUUCGGGUUCUCCGGCACGGCUUGGAAUAAUUUCCCAUACGAAGAAUACUUCAAGAAUCCCAAGGAAGGCAAAGAGGGAAAGAGCAAGAAUGAAGUAUGGUGGGGUUAUAAAGACGCAAACCUGCGCAGCGAACCAAUCCUCAGAUAUAAGAAAAUUGAUCCGGCCCAAUGGAUCAAUAUGAACGCUGCGAAGACUCCGAACAUGGACAAGAAGAUUCUACGACAUAUCCAGCAACGCAAGCUGAACCAGGGUGACCGGUUUAACUUGUUCGUUAUUGGACAUAGUUCUAAAUUCGGUGGUAUAGAAGUCGGAAACCAGAUCCUGGAUCGCAAAAAGCUUGCUCAAACACUAUCGAAAAUGAAGCACGGUGUUCAGGUCAAUUUCGCUGUAGCUUCUUGCUGGUCAGGCCGAGCACUCACCGAAAUGCGCAAGAUAGGACGACGGCAUCAAUUCGCAAUAUCUUCCGCAGAUGAAGAGCAGAUGAGCUACGCAAUAUCGAAACGAGUGACCAGCGAUUCGUAUCGCGGAACGCCGUUCGUCCAAGCCAUCCUUUCCACUAUACAGGAUUGGCACGAUGACAACACCGAAAAGCGACAAACCAUUGGCGAGCACAUCGAAUAUGUUAGGAAAUACGGCUAUAACAAGAAAAAUUCGCAUUCCAAUCCCCAGGCAUACACUAACGUAGAUUUACACGUUCACGUCCUCGAAAUGAUGUACGAUAGAUAUGUCGUACGAAAGCAAGGUCGACAUAUAGAAUUCAUCGCUCCGACAUACCCGGCGCCAUUGUCGACUUUCGGUCCGAAAUUCAACGUUGAUGAAAUGCCUCCUUCCGCUGGCAGAGCGUUGACCGUACUGCAGGACGAAAUCAGCCUGGUCGUCAACGAGAUGGACCAACCUCACCCUCGCGACAUGUCGAUCGUAGGACUUAUGGAUGUCGCAAAGUCUUCUUCAACGGUACCAGCCCAGCGCAUGCACUGCAUCAAGAGAGUUCUUGAAGAUGCACAGCUGUUCACAGCGGGGCUCUUCACCGAGAUCGUGUUCAUGUACGAAUUUGCCUUCCAUAUGAGUGAUGGUGCUGCGCUCGGUCCAAAGGCCAUAUUCGCACCGGACUCCCUUGGUGGUCGAUUUGAAGAAGCCGUCACCUGGUUGGCGAUAAUGAUACUUAGGACGUGUACCGACACUGAAUACCUCGCACGCAUCCUUAUGUUCAUCAAAGAGCAAUGCUAUCUUGGAACCGUGGACUCAAAUGCGAAGAUGACGAUGCCUUCAUCAGAAAAGGAGUUCACGGCAGACAAAUAUCUGCUCUGUGCAGAAGAUCCGAGCGAGCGAAAUCCACGCAUAGGCAUGUUCUUGCCACAUGGAGAGAAUUUGAACAAGUGGACAACGAACACGGUUCGCCGCUACAAGAAGCUCCGCGACGCCUACAAAGAAGUUUUUGGCGAAAACUCCUGGAAGCUGUACGCUCCAUUCACUUUGGAGAUGAAAGAGAGGUGGGAGAACAAGGUCGACCCUGUAUUUGAAGAGGUUCUUCAUGAUAGGGAAACGGAGGAGGCGAAAGCUGAGGAGGAUAACAUGGAUACAUCGUAG